AUGUCAGUCGUGGCCGUACCCUACGGGCCCACGUUCGACACGCCCUACGCUCACGGUAACAACGAUGCCACCUUCGGCGCCGGCGACGAACUCGAUCGCUCGAUUCCCAACCCGAGAUGUCUUCCGGGCCCCUACUCUCCUGGGGACAAGCUCUUCUUCAAAAAGAUGGUGGACGGUGAGUGUGAAUCGUACUUUACCGUGGUCCAGGUUUUGGAAGGCCGGAAAGGCCAGGGAUGUACAAUGUCCUGCUGUCUCCUCGUGACUGUCCAUCGCGCCGACAAGGCCGUCCCUCCGAUACAUCACGGACUCCGCUAUGUUCUGAAAGUGUUUGACUUCAAAUACUCCCAAGGCUUGCGCGCCCAGUAUAACUGCGGGCCUUUCACGCUAGAGUGUGCGGCCACCCUCGACCAACUGACGGCGAACGACGAAUGCCUCGACCUAACGUACUGGCGCCAGGAGAACGCUGACCUUGAAUGGAAUCAAAGAGCACUUUUGGAAAAGCUGGUUGGACGAGCCUCGACGAGUCGACUAGAUCUCGUACGCUUCAACCUCGACGUUUCCUACGCCGACGUUCGAACCGACGAUCCGAACUUCCCCGUCCGCUCACUCCCGGCGGCCGAGAAGGAGGCGUUCCUGUUCACGCUGAUGCAGCAAGAUUAUUCCCACCAGCGCAAGUGCUUCGAUGCCGUUAAUGGUUUAGACGGUUUCCUAUCCUUCAUCACAUCUGGCUUCAUCGUCCGAGCGCGCGAGCAAGCUACUCCCGCCCCACAACUACACCACUAUCCCGUCAUCAUCACCUCAUUUAUUGAGGACGCCAAUACGUUGGAGACUCUCUAUCUAGCCAAGGAAAACCCAGGUGCCCCGGAAAAUGGCGCCGGUACUAAGAAGAGGCUUCUUUUGGAUGAACACUGGCAGACCAUCCACCGUCAGAUCCUUGAUUUAGCCUACCGGUUAUGGCUGCAAGGACUCCACUACGAUGAUGUGGCGGGAGCCAACUUCCUGAUCGUCGGGGACAAGCCCAGCCAGUUCCGAAUUGUGUUGGUCGACGUGGGUGGGCUGAAGAUUCUCGACGAAGAACAUGUUGAAUUGUAUUUAAGGGACCGAGGUCGACGUCGUUAUCUCGAGUCGAAACCGGAACCCUUGGUUCAGCAAUACGAGGACCACACCAAAUACCAAGUGAAAGAAGAUCUGGUUGAUCUCGAGGACAAGUUACAGCGCCUAAUGGUCUCGAUCGCCUCUCCCUCCUACAUCAAAUCCAACGCCUUCCGUAGCAUGCCCACCAAGCGCUUUCGAAGAUUCGGUUGUGGUCUUCAACGAAAUUGCGACGCCACCGUCUGGCGUUUCCUCUUUGAGACCCUCGUCGCUAGCCUCGCGAGGUCACGGUUCGGGGAGGAUCCCGCCAUGGUCGCCGCCAUUCUGCGACAUGCCAGGCAGACCUUGGAGUCCCAGUAUAUCCGGUGUCAUGUAAUCGCCCCUUGGGGCUAUUACGCCUUUCUUCGAAUGGCCGUUCUAUUCCGUCCAAUAGGUCACCCAACGGACGAGAUCGAACUUCUUUAUCCCCCAAAGUCGAAAAGGCUUCAGGAUGCUCUCCAGAAAUGUCCCGGCGGCGCCGCCACUAUACCGUUUAAGCGAUUUCAGCUAUGGGCUAAGGCAUCUGAUCUCUGGGACGAUGCUCCGUGGUCUGAUCCCAGUGUGCGGUCCGCCCGGGUCCUUCUGAUCCUCGAGGAGCGUCAGGAGGAGCAGAGCGAAGGAUUCAUCAGUACCCUCAGGAAGACCACGGUCAUUACGGACGAAUUACUGCGUGCCGGAAACGGUAUUCUCUGGUCCGAGGACGAUAUAGCUCGAUCUCGCCCGCCACUUACCAACGAUCCGAUCCAGCAGAUUCCGCGAAAGGACGCCUGA